UUACUGGUCAAUGUCACUUCGUGGUGCUGUUUGAUGUUAUCAUCGUUGAAUUAUCACAAUAUUGUUUACAAUAAACUGUUACAAAUAUAAAAAAAUAUAACAUUUAUAUCAGAAAAGGUGCUAAGUUAUUGAAAUGUUAAUUUUUGUGUAUAAAACAUACAUAUUUUACUCGUUAAUGUACGUUACCUUAAGAAAGGAGUGGACAGUCUAAGUGAAUAAUUCUAUUGAAAUAGUCUCAAUUUGGAUGUCUACAAAACCGGUGCUGAAAAUGGCGACAGUACAAAAGAUGGAAUCAAAAAUAAUAAAAUUAACAGACAACCGUCCAAGAGACAGCAUGAACAAUGAAAUAUCUUCAACAUCGAGCGAAGAUGGCAAUUCAGACCCUAUCUCAAAGUUCAACAACUUCUACAAAUCUAGGUAUGCAGAAUCAACUCAUUCAGACAACGAGAUGGAAACACCUAGACCCAUACAACCGAGAAACCAUUACAAAUCGAUGGGUAACAUCAACGAUUUUACCAACCACACCAUACAAAAUAGUAUAAGUAAUGUAGAUUUAAGUCUCCAUAGGAGUGAAAUAAAGAAAUUCGAGUCUUUACGCAUUCCAAUCGUCGGUUAUGAGGUUAUGGAAGAAAGGGCAAGGUUCACGAUAUACAAGUUAAAAGUUGAGGACGACAAACGCGAUCAGUCCUGGCUUGUGUUUAGGAGAUACACGGAUUUUGUUAGGCUGUAUAAUCGCAUAAAAAAUGAACAGCCGAACAUCUUAUUACCGUUGCCAGGGAAAAGGUGGUUUAGGGAUAAUUUUCAGCCAGCUUUUCUGGAGGAAAGAGUUAGGGGAUUGCAGACGUUCGUCAACGCGAUUUUGAAUAAGCUUCCAAAUCACCCAGUUGUGAGAGAAUUCUUCUGUUUAGACGAACCGCCCCAAGUAUUCAGCUACCAGCCUGAAGUUCAGGCAGUAUACGGCGCGUUGGAAGAUUCGAUAACUACGCUGAAAGUUCAGUUGAAACAGAAGGACGCAACGAUAAUGCAUUUACAGAAACGUGUUGCGCUUUUAGAAGAUCAGAUUAAAAACUGUCCGACUUGCAGUACAAAUAAAUCGGCCAAUAUUUAGUAUACGUAGUUGAGUUUUAUAUAUAAAGGCAGCUCCGAGUAUUAAUGUGAUGACAAAAAUUAGAGUUUAAUUAAAAUUGGUCUCUCGGGAAUCUUAGAGUUUUUGGUUUGUAUUUUUAAUGGGUGUCCAACCCAAAUAGUAUUUUGUGAAGUUCAUUAGGUUAUGUUGUUUGGAAAUGGCGUUUA